AUGUUUUCCAAAAAAAUGUUAUUUUAUGUUUUUAUUUUGGUUUAUGCUUCAAGUUUUGGGUUGAGUAAUGGAGAAAGUGAAGAAAUUAUAGCUAAAAAUGUUAAUCUUUACUUAUAUUCAAUCGUACUUCUGAAUAAUUCCAUUAUAUUUAUUUUAGGACAUCCAGGAUUGCCUCGGUCACCUAAAAAUGAAAAACCUUCCGAAAAAGAAAAGAAAGAACCUUCCGAAAAGUCGAAAAAUUCUGAAACUUCUGAGGAACCAAUCAUCCAAUUGCCAAAUAAUUAUACAAACAUUACUAAUCCAAAAGUCAACGAAUCCGAUUAUGGACCCAAUGGAGAUUUUAAAAUUUAUACCCCAAUUCAUGGCACUGGAGAUGUUUCUGCUCUUCGUCAAAUUUUGUUUAGAGAGGAUCCACGUUUAAAUGGAGGAAAAGUCCCCUUUGCCUUUCAAUUCUGCCCGCCUGCUGAACCUAAAAACGAAACUGAAACUAAAUGCAAAAAUUCAACUGCUGGUUAUUUGGUUUGUUAUGUGGGCCAGCUUGAUCCUGAACGUAAAGAUGGAAUUGCUGUUAAAUAUGCUGUAAAGAACAAGAACAACGAUCCGAUUUUUAAGGAAUGUACCGAUAAAUCACUCAAAUCUAAAAAUGCUGAUAAAAAGAAAGGGAACGAACCGGACUACGAUUAUUGGAAUAAUGCUGGACCUAAACAUGGACUUUUGGUUAAAUACUUGUCUGGCGGCAAUUUUAGCUUUUCAGCCAGUUAUCUAAAGGAAUCGUAA